AUGAUAACCACAACCAAGGUUGUAUUGGAGAUCCAGAAUGGCAAAAGUGAGGUCUGGGACAAAAGUGAAAAUGGGGAUUGGCAUUGCACUGCCAGCUGGAAGACACAUAGUGGAUCUGUGUGGCGUGUGACGUGGGCCCAUCCUGAAUUUGGGCAGGUCCUGGCUUCCUGCUCUUUUGACAGAACAGCAGCUGUAUGGGAAGAAAUAGUGGGAGAAUCCAAUGAUAAACUUCGAGGCCAGAGUCACUGGGUAAAGAGGACCACUCUAGUAGACAGUAGGACAUCUGUUACAGAUGUGAAGUUUGCUCCCAAGCAUAUGGGUCUUAUGUUAGCAACCUGUUCAGCAGAUGGAGUCGUAAGGAUUUAUGAGGCUCCAGAUGUGAUGAAUCUCAGUCAGUGGUCACUGCAGCACGAAAUCUCAUGUAAGCUAAGCUGCAGUUGUAUUUCCUGGAAUCCUUCAAGCUCUCGAGCACAUUCUCCAAUGAUAGCUGUAGGAAGUGAUGACAACAGUCCAAAUAUAUUGGCUAAGGUUCAAAUUUAUGAGUAUAACGAAAAUACCAGGAAAUAUGCAAAAACAGAAGCUCUGAUGACAGUCACAGAUCCUGUACAUGAUAUAGCAUUUGCUCCAAAUCUGGGAAGAUCCUUCCACAUCUUAGCUGUAGCGACCAAAGAUGUACGAAUUUUCACACUAAAACCUCUCAGGAAAGAAUUGACUUCAUCUGGAGGAUUAACAAAAUUUGAAAUUCAUAUUGUGGCACAGUUUGAUAACCACAACUCCCAGGUGUGGCGAGUGAGCUGGAAUAUUACAGGCACAGUGCUUGCCUCCUCUGGUGAUGAUGGAUGCGUUAGGCUCUGGAAGGCUAAUUACAUGGACAACUGGAAGUGUACUGGUAUACUGAAAGGUAAUGGGAGCCCAGUGAAUGGUAGUUCUCAGCAGGGAAUUUUUAAUGCCUCUCUAGGUUCAGCCAAUACAAGUCUACAGAAUUCACUAAAUGGAUCAUCUGCUAGCAGGUAUUUCUUUCCCCCUCUGGAUUCCCCACGGGCUGGAUCGAGAUGGUCCAGUCAUGCCCAGCUCCUUCCUCCUCCUCCUCUGGUAGAGCACUCUUGCGAUGCUGACACUGCCAACAUCCAGUAUCCUCACCCUCGCAGACGAUGUGUAUCUCGGCCUCUUAAUCUAUUACCUGAGAAUGAAGGGGUUUAACGUGUUACUUUAAUAAACUCUGAAGGGCCUUAUUCUGGUGCUUGUGAAUGCUUCCAUUUCUGGCUGCCUUUGUAUUUCUUCUCUCGUACAGAAGAUCUUAAAAGAUUUGGGGACUUCAUGCAUGUUUUGCAAAACAAACAACAACAUUUGGAACUUUAUUUAUGUUUGUGUAUCAAAGCAACAUUUUAAUCUGUACCUUUUGAACUAUGGCAACACAAACAAACAGUAUUAACCAUGAGCUAUUUACAGAGUAGCUGACUUCAAUGUGCCUGUCUUUUUUUUUUUUUUUUUCUUUCUUUUAUUUUUGGAAUCAAUUUAGUGUGGUCUUGAAUUUUUUUGUUUUUGUAUAUUGCACUGACAAACGUGAAAUGCAUUCUCAAAAUUAAACACCCUUUUGAGAAGUUAUUGGCUAACUAAAGGACGGUAUUGGAUCAACUCGUAAAAGAAACAAAACCAUUCCUGUGUAUACUGCAGCAAAAUAGUUUGGAGUGUUUGGUUACUUAAGAAUUUUCCCUCUUGCUGUAUAAAUAUUUGAAUUUUA